AGACAAGUUUCUCUAUUUUUUGGCAGUGUAUAAUAGCGAUCUGUGUAUUUAUUAUAUAAUGCACAUAAAAUUGUGUGCAUGUUACCUACACAGUAGUAGCCUACAUUUGGAAAUGAGCAUGAAGCUCGAUCUUGUGCAUAAUUUCGCUAAUGUGUGUUUUCCUUAUUAGUGUGAACUCCACAGUUUAAGUAACAGUGGUUCCCUCACUACUCUAAUUGAUUAUGUUCAUGUUUGUUAUUAGCCAGCAUAAAUUGAUGAGCCGUGAGGGAGGUGGCUUCGUUUUUACUGUUGCCACAAGCACGGCUCACAUCUUGUAGUUGUGCCCCUGACGCGUGAUGGAGCGCACAGCCCGGCUGUCCACGAGCGACUUCAGAGACAACUACUGAGCGCACGCGCUUCAGCUGACCCGAGACCCCGUUCUGUUGUUCUUGUGGCUUUAUUCGGCACUAAAGCAGUACUUUAUAAAAGACAGGGCAUGGUGACUGAGUGGAAGGGAGGAAUUCUCUCUUCUGCGUCUUAAGCGGAGAUUCAGCGUUGAAUGAAACCGUCUGCAAAACCUGCCAAAAGCGCAGAUGUGUCGAGAGACUAGUGCCGUUUAAUCGACUAUCCACAAACUUCUGUGGCUUUGAUUGACACGUCAUGGCAUCAGUGUCGUGGAGACGCGCGCUUUUCGUCUUGCUAGUUGUGAAUCUGUCUGUGCUAACGACAGCGUGCAGCAGUCACUAUGGAAAUGCCAUUGAGGAGUUCUGCCUAGCAAAGUUCAAGCUGGACAUGGAGGUUCUGGAUCAGCACCAGUGGUGCAGCUGGGAGGACACAGUUGAGUCCUAUGGGGAACUGACCAACUGCACGUUCCUGGUGGCUCUGAAGAUGAACUGUUUCUGGCCCAACCGAAUGGUGGACGAAUUCUUCAUCCGGGUGCACAGGCACUACUUCCAUGACUGCUCAGUGUCCGGACGUCUGCUUCACGAUCCACCCAAUCGGAUCUUGGGGCCUUUUAUCGUGGUGCCCAUUCUGGUGACACUACUCAUGACUGCUCUAGUGGUGUGGAGGAGUAAACGCAGCGAGGGAAUCGUAUAAUCAUAUACAAUAAAGUACCUCCACACAGAACAAUAGAGAAGGAGAUAUCUAACAGGUUGCAAACACUAAGAAAUAAAGUGAUUGUGUAUCCACUUAUAGUGAACGCUGUCACUGUGUUAUCUGCACUCAGAUAACUUACAGGUCAUUUAUAUGGACAGAAUAUUUCAAAACAAAUACUACAAGGUAGUUUUCAACUAAAUGUUUUGUCAUGCCUGCAUUAUGCCAGUAAAAGAGAUCUCCAAUCUGUAUGCAAGUCAUUAUCACAAUGAUGGACACGUUUCACCUUGGAUGGACACACACCAAACUAAAGGGAGGACACUUUUAUUCCCGCGUGUUUGACAGACCUUUACUGUCAUUUGAACACUGGACUCACCCAUCAACCUCAAUGCAUUUCACACUCAUAAAUGUGCUUUGUACCAAAUGAUAACACUCAUUCAGUCAUGAUUAAUAUUGUUUUGUUGGUUCAAGAAAGAAAACUAAUAAAAGAAGAGGACAACGACCACAAACAUGCCAAUAAUAUUUACAGUAUCAGUGAUCCCCCAAAUCACCAUUGAAUAUUGUAAGACACUCAAAAAGCAGUUGGAGAUUCAAAUGGUUUGUCCAAAAUCUAAAGUGAAUGUAUCUAUCAUAGAAAAUGUUCACAAUGCAUUGCUACAUCAAAAUUAUCAAAGGUUUUGGGGAGCUGUGAUAAAUUGAUACUUUUCAGUAUUGAAUAAAAUCAAUAAAAAAAAAAAAAAAAAAAAAAAAGACUAUUGGACCCAAUGUGAUGGUGUUUGUGUAUGUAUGUGUUUGUGUGUGUACUGUGUGUAUAUACAUUGCAGUUGCAUUUUUUUUUUUUUUAAGAAUAUAAAAUAAUAAGUGUGGCUUAUCAUGCAAAUCAUAGUAAAAUCUAUGUGCAUUUACAUAUAGUAUAUACAACACAAAUGUCAUGUAAAUUAAAUUUGUACAAAUUUGUAAUACUUGUAAUAACAAGCUCAUUUUCAAUGCACCGGCAGAUGCAGACAGUUACCAGAUUACAAUAUCACUUUCUCAGACAUUCCAAGACUCAACAAACAAUCAGCGAAAAUAAGUGCUGACCAGCAUCAAGCAGGGGUAACACUCUGACCUGACAAAACUGACCUGGCGUCUGUCAGUGCAGUGUGAAUUGGGAUAAAGACUGUAAAACUACUAUUUAACAUUGUUUUUUUGUUUGUUUUUUUAUCACCAAGACAUAAUAGAAUGUCACUAGGGACAAUUUGUUACCUGCAUUACAUUUAACCUUUUAGUAAGCUUAAAUGUCAAAAUUGUUAGUUCAGCGUUUUGACAAACCCCCCGAAUAGGUAACUCUGCCUUAGACAGUAGACAUCUAUAUACUUCAGCCAAUAGACAGUCAGGCAGCUCAUCAGGUUCUGGAUCAGAGCUGCAGUCUUUUGUACUGGCUAUCAGAAACUACUAGAAGCAGUGAACCAAAAAGAAUCACUGCAUUUAUUUGAUAUCUCUCAUCUCAUGGGCUCUAGUCAUAAGGUCAUGUCAAGGGAAAAUAUUUUCUGUCUGUAGCGGAGAGCAACCUACUAGCUAAGAUGUUUGCAGCAUGUAUUAGGGAAUAAUUCAUGUAUUAGCACUAAAAUGAUGUUUUUAUUCACAUGGUUCUGCUAAUUGCUUUUUUAAAGUUAUAUCUAUGUAUCUCUGGAGCUCUUUACCCACAGAGAGAGGUUUUAAAGACUUUGGCGAAGUGGAGAGUGGCACAGAGAUGGUAGACAUUUCCAAUAUCAGCUGAAUUUCAAAGCCUCUGAUUUCUAUUGCAGUUAUAAUAAAGACAUUUGCCCUUGA